AUGCGUACCUCUAAAUCAGAAAUACUGCAGGACGUUAGUAAAGUUGUAGCCAGAAAAUCUAAAUUCAAAAAAUCUAAAUUAAUUUCAACUAAAAAUACUUCUCAACCAAUUGAAAAUAUUUCUUCUCAACCAAUUGAAAGUACUUCUUCUCAACCAAUCGAAAAUACUUCUUCUCAACCAAUUGAAAAUAUUUCUUCUCAACAAACUAUUUCUAAAAGAAAAGCUAAAAAACAAAUUCAAGUAGUUAGUGAUAAUGAUUCUUUUGAUUAUUCUUAUAGUGCAGAUGAGGUUUUUGAUAAUAUUUUUGAUAUAGAAAAUAGUGAUGAUACUAUUCAAAAUUUAGAAACUUCUAUGAUAACUACCCCCUUUACAAAUAUUCCUUCUUCUUCUACAAAUUUAAAUAAUUUUAGUUCUCAAUCUAUAUCUAAAAAUACUUCAAAAAAACUUAGAAAAAUAGACAAAACAAUAUUUCAAUUAAAUACUGAAACUGGAAAUAUGAUACAACACUUAUUAACUAUUCAUCAAAUGAAUGAAAUUUCUGAAUCUCAACAAGUACUAUUAAUAAUUCAACCAGAUAGACAACAAGAUUUAACUUUUGAUUUAAUAGAUUGGAUUAUUGAUGAUAUGCAACCAUUUUUAGUUACAAAAAAUAAAAAAUAUAGAAAAUUAAUUAAUAUUCUUUAUCCUGAUUAUAAAAUUUCAGCAAUUAGUACAAUAAAAAAUAUAAUUUUUAAAGCCGUUCAAUAUACUGAAGAAAAAUUAAAACAACUUUUUAGUUCAACAUUAAUUUCAGCAAGUUUUACAACUGAUGAAUGGACAUCUAAUCAUAAACCAUUUAUUGGAAUUACUAUUCAUUGGAUAUCUGAAGAUUUUAAAUUACAUCAAGUAUUAUUAGCUUUAGAAAAAAAUCCAUAUCCACAUAAAGCACUAAAUAUUUUUCAAAAAUUAAAAUCAAUUUUAGAAAAAUUUAAAGUUGAAGAUAAAAUUAUUGCAGGAGUUACAGAUAAUGCUUCUAAUAUACCUCUUCAAGAUGUUUCAACAAGAUGGAAUUCAUUUUUAUUUGUUAUUCAACCUAUAAAUGAUAUUAUUAAAAUUUUAGAAAAAUUUGCUAAUGCAACUAAAUUACUUAGUGAAAAUUAUUAUCCAACACUUUUAUUUACUUAUCCUAUUAUAUGUGAAUUAUUUAAAUAUUUAGAAUUAGUAAAAAGAACUAUUCAUACAUCUCAAGCAAAAUUAUUACAAUCAGCAAUAUAUGAAUCAAUGAAUGAAAAAUGGAAUAAUCAAAAUGAUAUUGGAAUUAUUGCUGCUUUUUUUGAUCCAAGAUUUAAAUUAUUAAAAUUUACAAAUUCUGAAAAAGCUGAUUUAAUUAUGGAAUUUAUUAAAUCUAAGUUAUUAGAUCUUGAAAGAUUAGACAAUAUAAAUGAAGAUCCUGAAAAUUUAAUUUCUAAAAAUAAUUCAACAUUAUCAGAAUUCUUUGGAGAAGAUAUGAAAUUGCUUUAUCAACAUCUAAUUAUAAUUUUGAAUUUGAUACAUAUCUUAAAUUACUACAACUCUUAUAUAAUCAAGAAAUAA